UGUUUAACUGAACAUUUAAUUGCUGUUAUUUUAAAUUUGCAAACCAAAUCUGUAUAUUAACUUCCAAGAGUGUAAUGUUCAAAUUAAAUCAAUAUUCAGCCCUCUGAAAAUAUUCACGUAGUAAAGAAGCAUUCUUAUUAUUUUUGGCUUUAACAUUAAUCUUUGUUUUGUUUCAGGAUAUUGCCAUAUGGCUGUUUAGCAACUGGAGAUCAUUCUGGCCUUAUUGAGGCUGUUUCCAGUUCAGAAACCAUUGCUGACAUUCAGUUAAAUAGUAGCAAUGUUGCUGCCGCCGCUGCCUUCAACAAAGAUGCUCUCUUAAACUGGCUGAAGGAAUACAAUUUAGGAGAUGACUUGGACCGAGCCAUUGAAGAAUUCACUCUGUCUUGUGCUGGCUACUGUGUAGCUACUUACGUGCUGGGGAUUGGUGACAGACACAGUGACAAUAUUAUGGUCAGAAAAAACGGCCAGCUCUUUCAUAUAGAUUUUGGGCAUAUUCUUGGAAACUUCAAGUCCAAGUUUGGAAUUAAAAGGGAAAGGGUGCCUUUCAUACUUACCUAUGAUUUCAUUCAUGUUAUUCAACAAGGGAAAACAGGGAACACUGAAAAAUUUGGUCGGUUCCGCCAGUAUUGUGAAGAAGCAUACCUGAUUCUGCGAAAACAUGGAAACCUAUUUAUUACACUUUUUGCACUGAUGUUAACUGCAGGGCUUCCAGAGCUAACCUCUGUCAAGGACAUCCAGUAUCUCAAGGAUUCUCUUGCCUUGGGAAAGAGUGAGGAAGAAGCACUAAAACAAUUUAAGCAAAAGUUUGAUGAAGCACUCCGGGAAAGUUGGACUACUAAAGUGAACUGGAUGGCUCACACUGUUCGCAAGGAUUAUAGAUCCUAGAAGAGUUUUGGAUUUGCACUAAGCUGAAUGUUACCUUGAUAAGUGUUUUUAAAUGGGAUCUGUAGUAUGGACCAAUAAAACUUACUUUAAAUAAGAAAAGAAGACAACAACAAAAAGAAACGGGCUGAAAUAAUUCCUGAUUCUUUUGCACUCUGCUUCUGAAUGCCUGAUCCCAAGACUGUCUCCACAAACAGUGACCAAGCUGGAUAAUCAGUUCCUGCUGACUUUGCACGCUGAGAGCUACUAGGCAUUUUUAAAUAUCCUUUGGUACUUUAUGGAGGUGUAAAUAUUUGUUUUAUGCGUUAGGGUAAUGUGCUCUAACAUGCUCAGGAGGUUUGAAGACCUCUAAAAGAAGUGUUUUUUGUUUUAAAAUUGGGACUUGAAGAGUAAAAUUUUCUUUAUUCUAAUCUAGCUAAAAAUGACCAUGUGUGUAUUUUUCAUAUGAAUUCUGCCAUACUGGCAUAGAUGCAUUAAUUCUACUGUAAAUAGCAACCACAGUAUCGUUGUACUACAGGGAGCUGCUUAAUGUCUUAUACUGCUGCCAAAAGAAGAGUACCAGGUAUUUGUGAGGUUUCUUGCAGAGUGAUGAGGGAGGCAGAGACCUCUGAAAUGUUGCAGCAUCUGGAUAGUCAUGGUUGCACGGUUUUGUUGUCCUGAUAUAGGACACACAAAGAAGUCUUUCAGAAAGAGGAAAGGCUGAUUUCAAAUAUGUCUGAAACCCCCCCUUGAGAAUAGUCUCCCAUUCAUCUCCUGGGGCUUUGCUACUCCCUAGGAGAUGCAUUUAGUUCAGCUUCAACAAGAAGCUCCUUACAGCCCUUCAUUGAAAUUCUUACGUCAGAUUACUCGUGCCAUGCAAAUGUGCUGUCUUAUAAACAUGGAUGGAAAAUUUUAAUACGUAUCAGCCACAGUGUUUUUUAGAACAUAAAUACCAAAAGAAACCAAAUGUUUUUGAAAGUGAGUGAGUGUGGGAAUAGACAAUUCCAUAGAACACCAAUGAGAGGUCAUUAAUCUUUUCUGUAUUUAUUAAAUCUUGCAGUAAUGUCGCUAUACCAAGAUAUCUGUGUUGAAGAUGUUUGCUGAAGAAACUGGAUUUGUUUUAAUUUAUUUAGUGAGGUACCAGGCUUCUAGGUGCUUAAAUGGAGAGCAAAUUUGUGACGUGCAAUAGGAACUGCUGGUUAAAAGAUGUAACAUACUAUUUCUGAACAUCAGCAAGAUAGACUUUAACUACUGCUUGUUCUCCAAAGAACACUGGUAGCUCUCAAUUCUUGUUGACAUUUGAAAGAAAAUUAAAACAUAUAUUUACUUUUUGGCUAAAUUGUUGUUUUACAUAGAAAUGUUUUAUGUAGGAAUUUAAUUAAAAGUGGUUUUACUUUGUUGA